AAUGUUAAAUAUUGCUUCUUUGUGUUACAAAAAUGAACAGACGAAUUUAAUUGUUGUAACACGUUUUAGAUUUUCAUACCGUGUUCAUUCUACGUUUCUAACACUUUCAGUAUCAUGGUAACGUAUGUGUGGAGUGGCAAAGGCAAGCUAGUGUUGGAACCUCUAGUAUCAGAUCUCCCACACCACGUGUUGUUUUGGCGCUUCACCACGUUCCAUUGACACCCACACAGACGUGAAGAUGGCACAUUCCUACCGAAUCAUUUGACGUUUUUAAUCUGUGGUUUUAUAUAUUUGACAAGCAGGAGUUCAGACGCUGUUUAUAGACGAUGAAGUACAUUCUGGUGACAGGAGGUGUGAUAUCUGGCAUUGGUAAAGGGAUCAUAGCCAGCAGUGUGGGCACAAUACUUAAAUCAUGUGGCCUGCAUGUCACUGCUAUAAAGAUUGACCCCUACAUCAAUAUUGAUGCUGGCACAUUUUCUCCCUACGAACAUGGUGAAGUAUUUGUGUUGGAUGAUGGUGGUGAAGUUGACUUGGAUUUAGGGAACUAUGAACGUUUUCUGGACAUCAGGCUAACCAGAGACAACAAUCUGACUACAGGGAAGAUCUAUCAGUCUGUUAUAACCAAGGAGAGGAGAGGAGAUUACUUGGGCAAAACUGUACAAGUGGUACCACACAUUACCGAUGCCAUUCAGGAAUGGGUCAUGCGCCAGGCUAAGGUCUCCGUGGAUGAUGAUGGUAUUGAACCAGAAGUUUGUGUUAUUGAACUUGGAGGUACAGUUGGAGACAUUGAGAGUAUGCCUUUCAUUGAAGCCUUUAGACAGUUUCAGUUUAAAGUGAGACGGGAGAACUUUUGCAACAUCCAUGUUAGCCUUGUCCCUCAGCCUAAUUCUACUGGAGAACAGAAAACCAAACCCACACAGAACAGUGUUCGAGAGCUUCGAGGACUUGGCCUAUCUCCUGACCUGAUUGUUUGUCGUUGCACGACUCCAUUGGAAACUGCUGUCAAAGAGAAGAUCUCCAUGUUUUGCCAUGUAGAACCUGAACAGGUGAUCUGCAUACAUGAUGUCUCCUCCAUCUACAGAGUACCUUUACUCCUGGAGGAUCAGGGUAUAGUCAGCUACUUGUGCCGCAGACUGGACUUGCCCAUCCAGAUGAGACCUCGUAAAAUGCUCACAAAGUGGAAAGAGAUGUCGGACAGGUCUGACCGACUCUUGGAACAAACAUCUAUUGCUUUAGUAGGCAAGUACACUAAGCUAUCGGAUUCUUAUGCCUCAGUGAUUAAAGCACUGGAGCACUCUGCCCUCGCUAUCAACUACAAGCUAGAGGUCAAGUACAUAGAUUCUGCAGACCUGGAGCCAGCAACAUUGCAGGAGGAGGCAGUAAAGUACCAUGAGGCCUGGCAGAAGCUCUGCAGUGCUGAUGGAGUACUUGUUCCUGGAGGAUUUGGUGUGCGAGGCACUGAGGGGAAAAUCCAAGCCAUUAACUGGGCGAGGAAGCAGAAAAAGCCAUUUUUAGGUGUUUGUUUGGGCAUGCAGCUGGCAGUGUGUGAAUUUGCUCGUAAUGUACUUGGCUGGGAAGAUGCCAAUUCUACAGAAUUUGAUCCUGAAACAAAGCAUCCUGUGGUGAUUGAAAUGCCAGAGCACAAUCCUGGGCAGAUGGGUGGAACCAUGCGUUUGGGGAAAAGGCGGACCGUAUUCAGAAGCACCUCUGGUGUUCUUCGUAAGCUGUAUGGAGAUGCUGAAUAUGUUGAUGAAAGGCACAGACACCGUUUUGAGGUGAAUCCAGAACUGAAGCACCACUUUGAGGAUAGAGGGUUCCGAUUUGUGGGUCAGGAUGUGGAGGGGGAGCGAAUGGAGAUCAUUGAACUUGAUGAUCAUUGUUAUUUUGUCGGCGUGCAGUACCACCCAGAGUUCACCUCUCGUCCCAUUAAACCUUCACCUCCUUAUUUUGGCCUUCUACUGGCAGCUUCUGGGAAACUACAGAGCUACCUGCAGAAAGGCUGUCGGCUCUCACCUCGUGACCGCAGUGGCAGCAGCUCGCCAGACUCUGAGAUCUCUGAAAUCAAAUUUCCAUCACUUUCUUAAAAAGAAAACACCCACACAGUAAUUGAAAAUGUGUAAUUUUAUGAAAGUAUUCAUUGAAAUGUAUGAAUUUGAAUAAAUUAAU